AUGACCACGAAUGAAAAAUGGUUAAAAUUCUACAAAGAUUUUGGCGCAAACCAGAAAAGUUCACAAGGUAGCAUAUUUUGGAGUAGUUCAGAGUCUGAUCUUGAAGAUGUUAGUUUAAAGUCUCCAGUAAAGAGAAGAAGAAACUCAUCCAGUGAUAAAAGUGAAAUUUCCGAAGAUGAAAUUUCAAGAGGUAUUGAAAAAAGCCCCUCCCUGAAUUCAAGCUGGAAUACAGAUUCACCAAUCUUAAGUUCAAAUUGGAAACAAGAUUCGCCGGUACUAAAUAGUCGGAUGAUACACAAGUCACCUGUUUUAAUAAAUACAUAUAAAAAACGCCGGAAAGAGAUGGAAAGCAAGGUGGAGUCUCUUUAUUGUACUCCAGAUUUAUUUAACUCGCAACCAUCUCAAUUUAUUGAGGAUGAUCUACCAGAAGCAUCACAAAAAUCUUGUAAAGUUGAGCUAGUAACGCAGAUACAACAAACUCAGUCAAGUGUUGUUAUUGAACCAGUCUUUAGUCAAAAUGCUUCAAUAGUUGCAGAAUUUGGUAGCACAGAUAGUGAUAAAAUGACUGACAGUACUAACAGUAGCUCAUUUUGCAUACCCAGGAAGAGAAAGAAGUACAAAAAAGAUGGCUUAGCAGAAAAAGUCUAUCAUAUGAUGCAAUCACAAAGUUUUAAGUAUACAGUGUGGCAAAUCCAUAAACAAAAUUCUAAUGACGAUACUUGUAUAAAGUGUAGUAUUAAGAAAACGUGGAAAGAAUAUGGUACUACUAUUUUGGAAUGUACUGUUAUAAAAAAUGAUAGUGAUGCAAGUGAAAGCAUAAUUUUAAUAUGCCUAAGUCCUAUCAUAAACAUUACUUUAGAUAUUGGUUGCAUAUGUGAAUUCUUCACACCCUUCAUUGAAAAAACUGUAUUAUAUCAUAAUAGGGAAGUGACAUGUUAUACAAAUGUUAUUAAAAUACAACCUGUUGCAACAUGA